GACUUGGACGGGUGGGUAGCAACAGUUGCCCCGGUGAGGACGAGGCGCCAUAGUCACGGUAGUCCUGGCGACAAGAACCAAGCAACGGGAAUCAACAACAACAACAAUAACAACAACAACAAUCUAAACUAUUAAGGAAUUAAAAAAAAAAACCUCAGCAAACAACCAGCACGGACUACAAGUAACGCAGGGUUUCGGCUGUGCUCGUAAUGGCGACUCCAGGCUACACAGAGGAGCUCCAGCCCUCCCAGCCUCAAGGCGGCAGCGUGACCACGCCGAAAAGCGGCCAGCAAAAAGCCAGUCCCACCGUCACGCCCACGUUCCUCCCAGACAUGCAGAGCUCGUCCAGCUCCUCCCCUUCACAGGCAGGCCUUUCCUCUAGAAUAACACAGACCACACCUCCGGCGAUCCUCAAGAAGGCCGUUCUGGCCACGCCCACUCAGGUUACAGCGGCGGCGGCGCAGUACGCCGUGUCCGAGAUUCAGAGCUCCGCCUCCGGGUCCAGCAACGGGCAAAACACACCACAGUACAUAGUGGUGACCGUUUCAGAAGGCUCUAUCCAUUCGAACGAUUCGGUGUCGGAUUCCAGUCCACCUCCCACCGUCCAGACGGGUGUGCCGACACACGUGGUGCAGACUGCACAGCAGAGGUCAGUAGUGCAGACCACAGCCAAGAGCGGCCAGCACGGAGUCGGCAACCUGCACAUUACUCCUGAGAUCUCUCAAGUAGGGCAUGUCUACUCCAGCCAGGUUCAGUAUGGGGAUGGAGACAGCAACUACAACAACACAUCCAUUCGUUCCAGCACGUACCCCUUCACAGAGUCCUCCCUCUACGGCCAGGCCACGCCCUCUGGCCCGUACUAUGAUGAUCCACCCACAUCCGGGUCACAAGUCUCCACCCCUGUGACUUCGCAGCCGGUUUCCGUGACGACAGGAUUCUCAGGGGGUGGUACUGGGGUGACGGUGGUAUCAGGAGCAUCUUCUUCAGGUGGGGGGGGAGGCGGGGCUGGAACCGGCGUUGUGGCUGGGGGAGGGGCUGGGGGUGUGGCCAGCGCAGGAGGGGCGGGCGGUUAUGUGGUUCCCGGCACCUACGUGAUGGGAAGCGGAGGCCAGAAUUACACGCACAACAUACGCGCCUCACCUGCUACUGUGCAGUGGCUAUUGGAUAACUACGAGAAGGCAGAGGGUGUGAGUCUGCCGCGCUGCACGCUCUACUAUCACUACCUGCUUCACUGUCAGGAGGCCAAGCUGGAGCCCGUCAACGCUGCCUCCUUCGGCAAACUCAUUCGCUCCAUGUUCGUUGGCCUACGCACUCGCCGACUCGGCACCAGAGGGAACUCGAAGUACCACUACUACGGCCUUCGGAUCAAGAGCAGCUCCCCCCUGCACCGGCUCGUGGAGGACCAGCAACACCUGGCCAUGAGACAACAGCCCUUCUCGCAUAAGCACAGGAUAAGACCGGUGCAGAAAGUUGAGGGGAUGACCAAUGGGAUGGCCGUGGGGGCGGGGCAAGGAGCAGGCCAGGGGGUGGGGCUGUUCGAUAUCAGCUCCCAAAUCCAGCAGUAUCAGCAGUUUUUGGAUGCGUCUCGCUCUCUGCCUGAGUUUCCAGAGAUUGAUCUCCAGGGAAAGGCCCUGCCAGAAGGGAUUCUUCUGGAACAUAUCCGAGCCUUCCAGCAGCUCUACCGGGAGCACUGUGAGGCGAUAGUGGAUGUGAUGGUGAACCUGCAGUUUCCUCUGGUUGAGACUCUGUGGAAAAGCUUCUGGAGAUUCAGCGAGGGGCAGACCAACGAAGCACUCGACCUUCACAGUGAAUCAGAGAAGCGACUGCCGAAAGCAUGUCUGGUUCUGCUGUGCCAGUACGAGCCGGUUCUGCAGUGGAGCCGCAACUGCGACAACACACUCUACCAGACGCUAGUGGAGAUCCUCAUCCCCGAUGUGCUCACACCUAUACCCAGUGCCUUAACACAAGCCAUCCGCAACUGUGCCAAGAGUUUAGAGAACUGGCUCACCAGUGCCAUGAUGAACAUUCCAGAGGAGAUGGUCCGCAUUAAGGUGGUGUGUGCAGGGGCGUUUGCGCAGACGUUGCGCAGAUACACUUCUCUGAAUCACCUGGCUCAGGCGGCCAGAGCCGUACUGCAGAACUCGGCCCAGAUCACACAGAUGCUCAACGACCUCAACCGCGUGGACUUCAACAACGUGCAGGAGCAAGCGUCGUGGGUGUGUGCGUGUGAAGAGCGCACGGUGCAGCGGAUCGAGCAGGACUUUAAGAUGACGCUGCAGCAGCAGAAGUCUCUGGAGCAGUGGGCCGCGUGGCUGGACAGCGUCGUCACACACGUCCUCAAACCCUAUACGUCCAGCCCGUCCUUCACCAAAGCAGCCAAACUCUUCCUGCUCAAGUGGAGCUUCUACAGCUCGAUGGUGAUCAGGGAUCUAACUCUGCGCAGCGCGGCCAGUUUCGGCUCGUUCCAUCUCAUCCGGCUGCUAUAUGAUGAGUACAUGUAUUACCUGGUGGAGCACAGAGUCGCUCAGGCCAAAGGAGAAACACCCAUCGCUGUUAUGGGUGAAUUUGCAAACCUAGGCCGGAACGACAGCGCAGCAGACGCAGACAAAGAAGAGGAGGAAGAGGAAGAGGACGAGAGCGACGAAGACCAGAUGCCUAUUCCGGUCAGUUCGACUGCUAUGGGGGAGGAGUCUCUGGAACCGCCCGCCAAAUUAGCCAGGACGGAUCUGUUCAACAGCACGCACAACUAACACACACACACACACACACACACACACACAUACACUAUUCAACACCACUUACAGCUCAUACACUCACAUAAACCUGGUCAGAGAGUUAUUACAUAUGAUCAUUACACAUCACUGAUACACACACACACACACACACACACACAUAUAUACAGAUUUAGCUUUGUGUUCUAUCCUCUCUCUUAGUGCCAUGCAGUCGUUUGCCUUAUUCAUUAUUGCCUUUUGAGAGAACUGUUCUAUCUGCCAUAGUGUAUCAAUGUUUAAUGCCUUAAAUUAAUUUGAGUGAUAUGCCUUAUAUACUUAUACAUCACAUCCCGUUCGUGUGAGAGUAUUUACAUGCAUAUGCACACACACUGCCAGUUUAAACGUUUUUAGAAAAUCAUGGAGUUUGCGCUUUUAUUACAGUUUCAUCACUGUCACAAUCCGAAAACCUACACCAUGACAACUCAAUACAGACAAACUUACAGAUUAUGAUUAAUGACACCCCAGUGCUGUCGAGCUCUCGAUUCUGACUGGAUCACAGGUUUAUAUUAAUGCGCUCAUCGUUUCUAUAGUAACAGCUCACUCACAGAGACUUGUCUGGAGGACGCUUCAUGUAAUCUAAGCCUAGAAAUGAAUGGAUUCAAAAAAUGUGCUAUUUAACAUAGAAUCGUUAAUAUGGUGACGUUUUCUGUAAGGAGAUGUUUAUUUAACCUUUAAGAAAGGAGUCUCCAGUGUCAGUGUUUUGUAAAAAAAAGUAAGUUUUCUGACACGGGAAAGUCUUCAGGGCUUUGCACUUUAUGGUUUCUUGGUAACAAGACGAAUUGUGUUUUUUUUUGUCUUAUCGAAGAGAAGAAAGAAGAGAAGCUGGCGAGGGAAAGACUGUGUAUAGCUGCUAUAACGCAAGCGAGAACAGGAAAUAACUUGUCUUUAACAUGAAAUGUAACUAUAAAUGGAUAAUAAGCACAAUGUGUCAUUCUUUUAUAGAGUGAAAAUUGGGGUCAUUUGCUAGUGGCUGAAAACACUUCCUGUUUGCAUCAGGAUGUAUCACACCAUCCGAUUGUGGAUUAUUUUCCUACAACAGCAUGCCCUGUUGUGUUUUAUUCCUUACAGAGGCACUUUCAAAUCUCUCAAGGUUUUUAUUAAAGGUGAAGUUUCUAAUCUUGAAAAAUGUUUUCUAGCGCUACAGUUAGUACAUACAUUAUCAUAUACAUGACUUGUCUUGACGUAUAAUGGAUCUGGAAAAUGUUUCUCAAUUUUAUAUUUACUAAAAUAUAGGAUAUCCAGAAACCUUUUGACUGGCAGUGUGUUUCUACAUCGACAGAGAGAAUGUCUGCUUAUGUUUUAAAUGACGACAUGUCUGAGAGUUCUGGAGGUUGAAAAAAUGAGAGAAAACUUUAUUUUUGGACGUAAUGCUCUUUCUGACUUUAGCGCUCAGUCAGUCAUCUUGUUUCGCAUCACUUUGCAUAACCUUAAUUUCCUCCAUGCAAGCUGCAGAUUUGUCCCUAUUUUCCAUAAUUAGCUCGUCAUGAUUAGCAUUAAUCUGUGCUAUGAUUCUGACCUGCUCCUGCUAGCUUUAAUGCAUUAUUAGAGAUGCUAGCAUGUGCUUCUACAUUAAGUGAUCUUUGUGACGAUCGAGAUAUUUGACCACAGGUUGGUGGAAUGUAGAAUUGUGAAAGAAGUUGCCUACAAUCAUUGUUUUCUCAAGUCAUGAUUGUUUUAUGUGGAUGCUAACAUGCUAGUACCAUUUGUUCUUUUUUUUUUGUUUGUUUUUUUUGAAAGAGAUCAUGUUUCCAGAAGGCACUGACCUAAAAACAAAUCCAACAGAUGGAUUACCCAUGAUGCAUUGGAGAUUUGUUUACGCAUGAUGCCUUUUUGAGUUGCAGUGUUAUUUUCCAUGAAGCAGACUCUGCUUUUUUUUUUUUUUUUUUUUGCUGUUUUUUUUUGCAUGCUUAUUUGCCAGAAGAGAGAUUUAAGCUCGAUGCCUCAGUGUAAUAAUUGUACUGCUUGUGCCUUUGGAGAAUAACCUCUGACUACAGAGAUCUUUAAAUGGAUGAAUAAAUUAAGACGUUAUAUCGCUUACUAUGCUAUCUGUUGUGCUUUUGCAAACAAAAAAAAAAAAACAUAGCUAUGCAGUAUGAACACCACGGUUCUCCCAGCAUUCAUACCUCCAGGCCAUUUCAUUUCAUUUGCUUGGAUCACUGUAUGCAUCUUUCACACCGUUCAGCCAUUCUGCACGUCUGCAUCCAACUGUUUCCUCUCCAAAACACCAGGAAACAUACAAGCAGCAGGCAUGUGCUGAUAUCAACAUCUGCCUGAUCUUUUGUCACAAUUUAUGCACAAUAUCACAGAAUUGUACUGAAAUAUGUCUCCAUAAUGCUCCUUUACAUCUAUCCAGAAAUAAGGACCUUAUUUUCACUUUUCUGCCAAAAGUAAUUACACCUGAAUGUGCAGAGUAAUUUUAUAUUUACAUUCAUCAAAAUAUCCACAGACUCAAAACUGUGAUUGUGACUGAAAUUACGAGUGCGACCUUCACCGAUCAUAAUGAUGUUCAUGUUGCGAGUUCACAGUUUACAUGCUUACGACUUUUACGCUACAUUUACGAAUAACCUGUUAUUCUGCCAUUCAAGGGUCUUGACUGAAAUAUGUAACUAUCGUAACAUUUUUACAGCCUUGGGGGCAUGGAGAGCAUUAAAAAGUUGAUGGGGCGUGGCCAGGUGGAUGGCUCCAAAGAGCUGAGAGGGCAGGUUUAGGUCAAUAGCUUUAAAAAGUUGAGUGGGUGUGGCCAGGCACAUAGCUUUAUAAUGCUGAGGGGGUGAGAACAAGUGGACACCUCCAGAGAGCUGAGGGAGUAGGGUCAGGUGGAUGGUUCCAGAGAACUAAGAGGACGGGAUCAGGUGGAUGACUCCUGAGAACCAUGUGGACAGGGUCAGGUGGAUGGUUCCAGAGAAAAUUGGGGGAACCGAAGGGUCGGGGUCAGGUGGAUGGCUCUGGGGAACUGUGGGGGAACCGAGUGGUCAGGUAGAUGGCUCUGGGGAACCGUGGGGGAACCGAAGGGUCGGGGUCAGGUGGAUGGCUCUGGGGAACUGUGGGGGAACCGAAGGGUUGGGGUCAGGUGGAUGGCUCCAGAAAAAAUUGGGGGAACCGAAGGGUCGGGGUCAGGUGGUUGGCUCCGGAGAUCUGUGGAGGAACCGAGUGUUCGGGGUCAGGUGGAUGGCUCCGGAGAACUGUUCGGGAACCGAGUGGUCGGGGUCAGGUGGAUGGCUCCGGAGAACUGUGGGGGAACCGAGUGGUCAGGGUCAGGUGGAUAGCUUUUAAAAGUUGAGCAAAGUGGUCAUCUCCAGAAAGCUGAGAGAGUAGAGUCAGGUGCACAGCUCUAGCAAGUUGAGAGGGUGGGGUCAGGUGGAUGGCUUCAGAAAGCUGAGUCAGGUGCACAGCUCUGGAGCUGGAACUUUAGAACAUUUUACAAAUUGCAGCUAUAAAUUUUCAAAUGUCUAUAAUAAAGCUGUGAUACAAAUUAGAAAUUUAUGACUAUGAAUUUACGAUGUACAAUUACUUUUAUCAGAAAAUUCUUACAAAAAUAUGUUCCUUAUAUGCCUCCUGAGUGGGACAGACUGUUAUUUCUGCAAGCUCCCCACCUAGGCAUCCUCACCCUGAAUGAAACAUAGAGAACUGAUAUUUUGAGCGGAUCUUGACAAUAUAAUCGUACGCAUUUUGGCGACAUAGUAUCAUAUAACUGAUUAUCGGCACAAGCCUAACAGGCAGAUAUCGUGUAGGAGAUCAGACAAAUCAUUUUCUGUCAUGUAAAGUGCUGGACACCAAACACACCGUCUUUAUUGUUCACACACACACACACACACACACUGAAUUCUCGUCUGUACACAGUGUCUUUUGUGGUGCGAACCUGUUCCUAAUGGCAGCUGUAAUAGUCAGUUAGCAGCUAAUCUCUUGUGGCUUUAUCGUGGGAUUGGUCAGUGGUUUUAAAGUGACGUGGCCAAUCAGAGCGCUCGAUACAUCAGCAGGUGUGCAAACAUAUUGCAAAAUAUUGUACUAGACAUUUAAAAUGUAUGUAACGUAUUAUUCGAAAGAGAUUUUCACGUGAGUUUUUAAAAGUUGUAUUUCUACAUGAGUUUGUGAAGAUAAUGUUCUAUACAAGUUAAAUUGUCUCACCAGUAAUAUUAUUAGAAAUUUAUAAUUUUAUGAUACUGUUUCUACUAUUAGAGCUUUAUUUGGAGUGUCCUGUAGUUUUUAUUGUGGGAGAUUCACUAUGUAGCUAUCAGUGUAUUUUAUCAGAGAGAAAAUAAAAACCUGAAGUGAAAA